AUGGUGUCGAGGCUUGUGGGUCGACUGAUGGUAUGGGCGGCGGUGCUGCACGCCCACACGACGCAACACCACGCCCACGCCCGCACCUUCAUGCUGGGCUACCUCACAGGCUCUCAGAGACUCCCUGAGGACCUAGAGUACAAGAGACCGGGACUCAUCAUCUCUGGAUCAAUUACUCUCGCUGUGGAGGAGGUAAACACUGCCUUCCCCCUAGUGGAUGGACAUCAGCUCAACUUCACGGUAGCUGAGACAUACGGACAGGAGGAGAUGAGCAUCCUUCAGACAGCCCAGCUCUGGAUCUCCAACAUCUCCGCCUACAUCGGUCCCCAGGAGACGUGUGUGCAUGAGGCCAGGAUGGCGGCAGCCUUCAACCUGCCAAUGAUCUCCUAUUUCUGCACCCACCCGGAAACGUCAGACAAGGAGAGUUUCCCAACUUUCGCCAGGACGAGACCACCAGACAACCAGAUCAGCAAGUCCGUCACCUCUAUUCUGAAGCGCUUCAACUGGAGGAAGAGAAAACUUAAUAAGUUCCGCCAAAUCAUUCACGAGCUGCAGGAUACUGAAAGAACAGUUGACGACAGUAAACUCGAGACUGAUGCUUGUUGCGUGUUAACCUGGAGUGUUCUCCUGCCGUUCAGACUUUGCUUGCUGGCUAUUCAGAUAGCAGAGUGA